AUGGCUACUAAAUUCCCACAGCGCAAGAUCGGAGAGGAUAGUGUGUCUGCGCAAGGGCUCGGAUGUAUGGGCAUGACGUUUGCGUACACGUCGUUUGGAGGCUACGACGACAGCGAGUCGCUCGAGGUUCUAACCCGCGCUGCCGACUUGGGCAUCACCUUCUGGGAUACCAGCGACAUCUAUGGCCCCCACACAAACGAAAAGCUCCUCGGAAAAUGGUUCGCCCAAACCGGUCGCCGCAGCGAGAUCUUCCUCGCCACAAAAUUCGCAAACCACAUCGAUGAAAACGGCAACCACGCCGUCCGCGGUGACAGAGAGUAUGUAAAGCAGGCUUGUAAAGCUAGUCUGGAGCGCCUGGGCGUCGAGCACAUAGAUUUGUACUACCAGCACCGCGUCGACACGACAGUCCCCAUCGAAGAGACCGUGUCCGCAAUGGCAGAGCUCAAAAAAGAAGGGAAAAUCCGGUAUCUAGGCCUAUCAGAGUGCUCAGCUUCGACGCUGCGUCGCGCGCACAAAGUGCACCCCAUAGCCGCCGCGCAGAUGGAGUACUCGCCGUUCGCGCUGGAAAUCGAGAGCGAGCAGACGGACUUCUUGAAGACGGCGAGGGAGCUGGGGGUCAAGAUCGUGGCGUAUUCCCCGCUGGGACGAGGCUUUUUAACUAACACGAUCAAAACCCGGGACGAUAUCGAUCCGUCUGAUAACCGGGCGAAGCACCCGCGCUUCAGCGCAGAGCAUUUCGACGAUAAUCUCAAGCUCGUGCAGGCGCUGGCGGGUAUUGCAAAGGAGAAGGGGUGUACGGCGGGGCAGCUUUCGCUGGCGUGGGUAGCUGCUCAGGGGGAGGAUGUUAUUCCUAUUCCGGGGACGAAGCGCGUGAAGUAUUUGGAGGAAAAUGCUAGGGCCGCGGAGAUUACGCUGUCGGGCGAGGAGCAGCGGAGGAUUCGUGGGGCUAUUGAGAGUGUGGGGGGGAGUAAGGGCGCGAGGUAUCCGCCUGCUAUGAUGGCGAGGUGUUUUGGGGACAGUCCGGAAGUGUCUUGA